CAGUCAACUCUUGAGUGUUGUACCAGAUCUUCAAGGGUUAGUAGGAUAAUCUGUUGUCAACAAACGGCCUAGAGCUCUUUCACCUCACCAGGAAGUUCAAAGUAUUGUUAAUUGUAACGUGAUAUAUUAUGACCUGAAACUGAAGCAAAGGUACCUAUCCUGGAUGAGGACAAGAAAUACUACAGCAACUGAAGUACAUACAGAGAGACGAUUUGUAUCCGACGCCCAUCUGUUUACGAGGACAAUUGUAAUCCUAGACUGAGCUUCCACCAUCACAGUAUCUCGCCAGCCAUCCACCAGGAAAGCUGUUACUAGGAAUGACUGAUUGGCGAGCGUUUGUAUAUGGAGGUUUGGCGUCUAUGACAGCUGAGUUGGGGACUUUUCCCGCUGAUACCACCAAGACAAGGUUACAGGUCCAGGGCCAGAAGAUAGAUGUCCACAACCGUGAGCUGCGCUACCGUGGCAUGAUACAUGGCCUGGUCCGAAUAGCCAAAGAAGAGGGCGGCAGAGCGCUGUAUAACGGAAUUGCACCGGCAUUGUUGAGGCAGGCUACCUAUGGUACAAUCAAGAUAGGCAUUUAUCAUUCUCUUAAACGGGCUAUUGUGAAAAAUCCUAAAGAUGAGACACUCAUGCUCAACAUGUUUUGUGGUGUGGUGGCAGGAGUGGUGUCUAGUGCCGUGGCCAACCCUACAGAUGUCCUCAAGGUGAGAAUGCAAGCUGACAGUAGCAAGGAAAAGCGAUCUCCAUUACCAAGAGCCUUCUUAAACAUUUACCAAACAGAAGGCACAAAAGGACUAUGGCGGGGCGUCGUUCCAACGUCCCAGCGGGCAGCUGUUGUAGCCGGUGUAGAACUUCCAGUCUACGACAGAAGCAAGAAAUACAUCAUAAAUCAUGGCCUACUGGGUGACACAAUAUUUACACAUUUCAUAGCCAGUAUAAUAGCCGGUCUGGCGGGGGCCAUCACCUCUAACCCCAUCGACGUUAUCAAGACUCGAAUGAUGAAUCAGAGAGCACUGAAGAGCACUGUUGUAGGGGAGGCAGCAGCCGUACAGACAAUUUAUACCUCUUCUAUAGACUGUCUAUCACAGACGGUGAGGAACGAAGGAUUAAUGGCUCUCUACAAAGGCUUUAUACCAAAUUGGUUCCGACUAGGACCGUGGAAUGUAAUUUUUUUCAUAUCAUUUGAACAAAUGAAGAGAAUAUAUUGACAAAAUAUUUUCGCUGAGUCUCGACACCAGGUUCUGAUAUUGCUGCAAAAUCUAUCUGUGAUCACUCUGUCAACUUUAAAGAACGUGUGUCGACAAUGUGUGCUAUGACAUGUGUCAUUGCUGGUGUCAACAUCAUGUGCUGUGAAACGUAUCAACGCCUAGGCUGUUGAUCACCAAAGUGUUCUACAUGUGUUAACAAGGGGCGUACUAUGCCAUACGUCACCACCUAGACUACAUCAUGCAUUGAUGCCACAAGAUGGAUGACCAAAUUAACGUGUCAUCAACAUGCCCACGACAUGCCUCGACAGUGUGCACAACAGCAUGUAUAAACAUGUUCUAGGAGGUCUCAACAACAUAGCCAACAAAAAGCUUCAACGGUGCAAACUAAAGUAUUUGUAACCAACAGGUCGCAGCAACGUGUCCUACACAUUACAACGUAUGUAAACAACAUGCGCCAUGACAGAUGUCAUUAACAUGAACUGCUGUAUAUGUCGGUGCUGUACGUGAAAUGUUGCCUACUGACACUCAUCAGCCCUAAUUGUCAGGUGUUUUUAGUAUACUAAUUGUUUUGUUUAGGGUGCAGAAUAUUUGCCAGUCAAUAAUAUUUGUGUAAAGUUUGCAGUAUAAGCAAACAUGAUAUCCUGAAUGUCUAAACUCCAUUACUUAUGAUAGAGUCUGCCUUUGUUUCAAUCUUGCUGAAAUCUAUGAAAAAUCUCUAUAUUAUUCCCGAAACAUUUUCUGAUUAUUCAUUUUCAACAUGAAUGUCACAUUCGUACAUCUAACCCUAUUAUACCUUCUAAGGACAAAAUCACAAAAUGUAAGCCAUUCGUUGUUGAUGUUAUCUUGUUAAAUUUUGCUGUUGUUUUUAUUUGCAAAUAUUUGUUGUCUGAUAUUUCGUUUUAAAUAUAUAUUUAUUAUCUAACAUAAUGUUGCCAUGGUUCCUGUUUGUAUUUACAUGUCCCAAAGGGGUCAAGGUCAUUCAUGUUCAAAGAUAUUUAAAAGGUCUAAUAUUUAUAUUGAUUUAAAAAAACCUUUAUGAGUAAUGUCUUAAAAACCUUUAUGAGUAAUGUCUUGUUAAAAGAAGAAUGGAUGUCAAAGAAAGUUAGUCAGCUGUGAACUAUCAUUACUUUCACUUAAAAUUAAAAAAACUGGCAUAAACAAAAUGCAGUCAACAAAGAUUUUAUUCUUGCUAUCUUGCUUUAGGUUUCUAAUUUUGCUAUCAUUCUUUCAUUUUAAACAUUUUCAUUUAAAUGAGUCAGUAACGACGCAUACUUUAAAUGAAGCAAAUAGAAAUGCAGAAGAAUCAUGCGGCUUCAAAUAUUUUUAAUAAAUUUAUCAUGCCUAAAGGGUAACUUUUGUUUGAAACAAACUUUUUGUAUCCUUGAUCUCCAUAAAAAGGCAUUUUAUAGGUUUCUUAUAUAAAAAUUCUGAUCUUCUCUUUAUGUUUAAGACAUACAGCUGAGUUUUCUGGUAAAUGUCACGGGGCAGGCGAUAACUAAUAGUCAGCGUCAGUAGGGGAGGGGAGAUAAAUAGUCAAGGUCAUGGAGGGAGGCGAUAACUAAUAGUCAGCGACAGUAGGGGAGGGAGUUAGCGACAGUAGGGGAGGGGAGAUAAAUAGUCUAGGUCAUGGAGGGAGGCGAUAAAUAAUAGUUGGCGUCAGUAGGGGAGGGGAGAUAAAUAGUCAAGGUCAUGGAGGGAGGCGAUAAAUAAUAGUCGGCGUCAGCAGGGAAGGGAGGAUAAAUAUUGAAGAGGGUAGUGAAUAGUCAAGGUCAUUGAGGAUGGGGAUGAUGGGAUAUAUAGUAUAAUAUUUUUGAUAAAUGUGUACCUGUAUAUUAUCAAGAUAUGAAGACACUGUGUGAGGUGAGAGGGGGGAUAUAUACAAUGUACAUGUAUGUAGAAAAUUCUGAAAAGCUCGCUAAUAAAAUAUUGAUGUUAAAAUAUUUGCCUUUAUUUUAUGUUUUCUGAUAGUUAAUGAAGUUAACUUAAGAGUCCUUGAUGCAACUGGUUGUAUUAGUUUGUUAUUAAAAAUGAAGGGGUUCAAUACUGGAAGGCUUCACCCCCUUUAAAAUUUACUGAUCCCCUAUAUCCUAUAUAACUCUACAACAGUGUAAUACAAAGUAGGGUCAUCCUUAAAAAAUAGUUUGUUUGCAGUUUUCCAGUUCCAAACUGCAAUUUUUUUUUUUUUAAGGAUGGCCUAAUAUCAGAUGGACAAAACAAUAAAACAUUUAAGAUUAGAGUCAGUAAGAUUAAAGAGUUAUGUGGAAAAACAAUCUAUUAAUUUGUUCAGUCAAUUAAUAUUCAAAGAUUGAAGUAAUUUUCUUGCUAAUUUCAUUUCUCAAUGUCAUAUUAUUACAAUGUUUUUGUUCAAAAUCUGUCCACCUCCAUACAAAGACAGGGUUUUAAUACUGUGGGUGAGAUAUUGAAGACAAAGGAAAACUAGACCUUUUUAAUGCUGGUUCAAUGCUGUCACAUCAAAGUAAAUCAAAUCUAAGUUACACUGAAGGUAUAUUGUGUUAUAUUGAUGAUGUUGCUUGUAUCUUGUUGUCUUGUAAUUGUCUCCAUAUUGUAGUCCCAGACUUGUGCGUACUAUUUUUCCAUUUUGUAUUUAAUUUGAGAGACUUUUGUAAUUUUCAAUUUGCCUAUUAUGUAGUUAUAAUAGACAGAAUAUUAUAAUAAAUAGCAUAUUCUAUCAAAUCAAUAUUUUUAUAUUAAAUGUACAAAGUUAUUGUAGAGUUUUAGUGCAGAUAUUUAAGAAUAAUCUAUGAUAUUUGUUGGUUUCCUUUUCUUAUUUUAUUGCUUGUUUUUAUUGCUUAGGGAAACAUUGCAUCAGAAAAAGGAUGCUUUCAACUUCUAUCUUUAAAUGGGGAAUUGAGACCAUGUCUAGAAAGUUCAAAUCACAAAUGAUGUACCAUAUUGCUAGAAUACAAAUCUAUCAGAAAGGAACUCUUAAGAGAAACCCCAUUUUCCCCCUUGUUAUUGAUUAUUAAAUCAGGACAAUUUUGAUGCUUCUGAAAGAUGAAUUCUUUGAAAAUACAUAAGGGGGAUAACUCAAACACAAACCAGACAAAUUUGUUUAGUAGUGUAUUUGCUAUAAUGAAGCUUUAGUAUUUGGAAUUACUGCUUAGUCUGGCACCAAAACAAUAAUAAUACUGAAUUGAAUAUCACCAAUAUUGUACUUAACAUGUCUUCUUAUACCCAUAUGAGAGACAUGAAUAAGAACAAAUACUAAAAAUAGUAGUCUAUACAGUGUGUGUUCAAAGUUUAUAUUGUUUUUGAUGGUAUUGUAAUAAGAUUUGUUUUCUUCCUGUAUCAACUCUCAUGAAUCAUUGUUGUUUGAUUUAUACAUGAACAUGACACAUGGGAACGCUUGUCUGGAGGGCCAGGACUCGGUACUAUCUAGGUUUAUCAUUUAUUAGCUCACCUGGAGGGCCAGGUGAGCUAAAAUUUUAGUGACUGAUAACAGGUGCUUUGACUAUAACUAAAAAGCUAGUUAAUACAGAACUUUAUUCUUUUGAAAUAUAUUGUUAGUUAAAAUAAAAUUGAAAAUAACCACAUUUACAUAUCAGGGUUCCAAAUGCUGAACGGAGUACAAAAAAAAAAGAGAGCAAAAGUUCAAAAUUCAAGUCAUUUCUUAGAUAUCUCGUGACAGAAACUCUGGUUCACAUCUCAUUAAGAUAAUCAGGUGUUGAACAGCUAAACCUAGUCUGAAGAAAAGUUCAAUUGUUCAGUUUUCUGUUAUACAUAAACUGCUGAAGUAAGGCUCACAGAAAUUCAACUGUUCAGUUUUCUGUUAUCCAUAGACAAUGAAACCUGCCAGACAGAUGUAAUAAAUAAUUCAGUCCUCGUUUUAAACAUAGCUGUAAUGGUCAUUUAUUUCUAAUACUCAGAAACUUCUAAUUUUGCACGAGUAAUCACUUCUACUGAUACCAAUAAGAUAUAUUUUAAAUGAGAACUUGCAGUUAAAUAAUAUACAAAUGUACAUUUUGAAAUAUUUCUGAAAAUAUCUCUUGAUUUUCAAACCCUGAAAGCUAUUUCUUUAUGCACCCUUUUUUGAUAUUUUUUUCUAUGUUGGAGGUUGCCUGUAAACCAAGUUUAGAUGCAAUAAAUAUUUUGAGAAAGUCACCUUUGGGUGAGGCUGAAGUUUUGACGAAUCAUUGAUUCAUUUUCCAUCAACACUUACAGGGUAAAAUUUUGAUCUGUGCUUGCUUCAUGUGUUUUCAUAUCUUCAACAUAAUACAUGUAGAGUAAAUGACAAGGAGCACAUGUACAAUAUGAAUAAAUUUACAAAUUGAUCAAAGUAAUGUUUGUUAAAAUUUACAGCCAUGAAAUUGUCUCAAAAUUUUGUGAAAAAUUCAUAUUAUUCAGAAUUUUUCAAUAUAUAAUGACAGUAUUAUAUACACUUAAAAUUGAAAUUUUUGCCUCAUCUUAUUUUACAUUUCCCCCUCUGGUAAAUCAAAUUUGGUAAAUCAAAUUUAUAAAUACUUGUCAGACUUGAAGCCUGGGGACAGAGAAUAAAGUUUUAGGCAUAUCUGUGGUGAUACAUUAAGUAUGUUUGUUAAGGUUUUCAUCAUAUAACUACUCGGAUUAAUGUAGAUUUUUUUCGAUUGGAAUAUUUGUUUCUUGGACUGAUCAACACCAUCAACCUUGGACAAAGAAGUAUUCUGUACAAUGCAUCUUUACACAAUAUGUAUCAAUAUGGAAGCCAUGCAUUUAACCGUUAUAUUUGAUACCGGUGUAGCUCAGUAGAGGUUUCUUCCGUUGUAAUAUGCUAAAUAAAGAAGUAUGUAAUAUUUUAUUGUUGAUAAGCUUGUGUGGGAACAGUUCUAAGUCAAGCAAAUGCAGUAAUAAAUAUUUUGUAUCCCCUUUUAAAAUUGUCUCAUAUUAAGAUGACUGUUUAGAACUGGUCUCACUGUGCUGUUCCAUUCUGUACCGUAUAGGACAGGAUUAGUCCAGUAUUGCUUUAAUACUAAAUACUUUAGCUAGAUUUAUACUCACAUGUGUUGCAAAAGUUUAAAUUUCUGUAUUAACUGUUGUACAAUAUGACAACUCUUGUUGAAGUUUAACUAUUGAUGAUGCCAUAUUACUGAGAAAUAAAUCUUUCUUGACGAAAUU